AUGGCUUGCAACUGUGACCCUCAGGGGUCCAUCAGCUCCCUUUGUGAUCCCCGUGGGGGCCAGUGUCGAUGCAGGUCCAACAUCAUUGGUCGGCGCUGUGACAAGUGUGCACCGGGAACCUACGGCUUUGGACCCUCAGGCUGCAUACCAUGCGAGUGCAGCUUAGACGGGUCGGUGACUCGACUCUGUGACAAGUACACCGGGCAGUGCCAGUGCCGUCCCGGGGCGUUUGGUCAGAGAUGCGACGGGUGUCAGGCGGGUCAUUGGGGCUUUCCCAGCUGCCGACCCUGCCACUGUAACGGACAUGCCAACCACUGUGACCAGAGAAGCGGAGUCUGCAUCAACUGCAGGGAUAACACCGGCGGGGACAGUUGUGACAGGUGUGCCAAUGGUUAUUAUGGGAACCCAGUUUUGGGUAUAUCAUCUGGUGGUCAGUGUCGCCCGUGCCCAUGUCCAGAUGGACCCCACAGUGGACGCCACUUUGCCACAUCUUGUUACCAGGACAGCCGCAAUCGACAAAUUAUCUGCAACUGUAACCAAGGUUACACAGGGAUUGUUAAACGCUCCGGGGCGACCGUUUUUAAGCGCGCCCGGUGUGAAGAAUGCGCCCCAGGUUACUACGGCAACCCCUCUCAGCCGGGAGGGCGCUGCCAGCCAUGCCAGUGCAACAAUAACAUAGACAUGUCAGACAUGGACUCAUGCGACAGGCGGAUGGGGGAGUGCAGGAAGUGCCUUUACAACACAGAGGGCCCCAACUGUGGCAUCUGCAGGAGCGGAUACUUUGGAGAUGCAUCCCGACGCAACUGCAGGAAGUGCAUAUGCAACUUUUUGGGCACGGAGCGCAGCCAGUGCAUGGAGCGUGAAGACUGUGUGUGCCAGCGUGCCACGGGCCAGUGUCAGUGUCUGGCAAAUGUGGUAGGUCUGUCGUGCGACCACUGCGCCCCCAACCACUGGAACCUGGCCAGUGGGAAUGGCUGUGAAGCAUGCAACUGUGAUCCCAACAACUCUGUCACAUCCUCCUGCAAUGAAUUUACAGGGCAGUGUCAAUGCCGAGAAGGGUUUGGAGGAAAGACCUGCACAGAAUGUGAGGAGAACUUCUGGGGAGACCCCCGGACUCUGUGCAGAGCGUGCGACUGUGACUGGCGUGGGAUUGAGACGUCUCAGUGCAACCGCGCGACCGGCCACUGCGUCUGCCAGCAGGGGGUGUCGGGCGUCCGCUGCGACCAGUGUGCCAGAGGCUUUGCCGGCCAGUUUCCGAACUGCCAGCCCUGUCACCAGUGCUUCGGGGACUGGGAUCGGAUAGUGCAGGACCUGGCAGUACGCACCAAGACUCUUGCGGAGCGAGCCAAUGAGAUUCAAAGCACUGGGCUUAUUGGACCUUAUGAGAAAACCUUCAAAGACCUGGAGGCGAAGCUGGCUCAAGCUCAGGCCAUCGUCAACGCAAGAAAUGCCACGACUGCAGCUGUGGCUACUCUGAUGGCUCUUAUUGAGGAUCUCAGGGCACAAAUUGGUGAGACAACCGAAGCCCCUACCACGGUGGAGGGAGAUUUAACAAUCAUCCAUGACCGAAACUCUGACGCAAGCAAGGAGCUGAACACUCUGGAGCGGGAGGCUCGAGAACUGAACCUCACAUCUGAGCAGCUAAAACAUCAACUGGAUAUUCUGAAAAACUCUAACUUCUUAGGAGCGUAUGACAGCAUCCGCAGCUCCUACAACAUGUCUCGAGAUGCUGAGCGACGGGCCAACCAGUCAACCACCACCAAGCCUAGCACGGUCAGUCAGUCGGCAGACACUCGCCGCCGCACCGAGCGCCUCAUUGCCUCGAAGAAGGACGACUUCAGUCGGAAGAACUCAGCAAACAAGCGAGCACUGGGGGAGCUGAAGGCCCGAGCCCAGGGUCUGGACAUGAAAACGCUCAAUGAGAAGAUUUGUGGUUCUCUAGACGACGUUCCCUGCACGAGAACCCCUGUGGAAAUAGGUGGAGGUUUACAGGCUGACGAGAUCCAACCUGGAAUGAUCAGAGAAUCAGAGAUCUGCCACCAGCAUGAUGUGAAGGUAGAAUGCAAAAACUUACAAGCGGUGUGA